AGUGUGGCUACACAGGUGGUAAAACCUGCACAAGGUCAGUGUUUGUGGAGGUGGCUUCAGCUACCCAAGCAUGUGGACCUCAGCCUCCUUCCCCUCUCUCCCUGGACGGGAUGUACCUGGAGAGCACAAGCAGAGCUGCUACUGCUGCAGGUCCUGUUCCCAGGCUUUGAAGAGCCUCUGCUCUGUUCCAUUGUGCAUCUCCUCUUCACAUGGACCCCCAAACACCAACAUGUUCCUGCUGGUACAGCUGCCUCUUCCCAGCUCUGGUUCCCAGUGACUUUUUCUGAGGUUCUUUCUUCCAGGGAAUUGGAGCCUUCAGCAAACAGCUGAGAUUGGGCUGAAGUGCCCCCCUGCUAUCUGUGCUCAGGGCUGUUACCACUUACCCCAGAACAUCCCCCCAGCCUGAAGGGUUCUGGGGUCUGGUUUAAGCUGGGCUGAGUGCACUGGGGAGGUGCCCAUGGUGGGGACACAGGUUCCAGGCAGACACACAGGUCAUGUUAUGCCCCUCUGAGCUUUAAAUAUUUGGUCAGAAUUGACAGCUGCAGUUCAAAGGAAUGUUUUGGAGCUGAAGCUUGCUGGGACAUGCAGGGAGUUGUGACAUAUCCCAAGUCCUUUCCGGUGCUCAGGGGGGUGGCUCUGAGCCUGCCUGUGCCAUGGAAGCUGGUCUGGAUGAUCCACCAGAGACCCGCUCCCUGCUUGCCUUCCCCUGUGUAGGUGAAGGGGAAGCUACUGAUGAGGGGAGGCUGGAAAAACAAGGCUGGAAACGUGACCAAGAUAGCACAUGGGCCUGGCACUGAGAUAAGGCUUGGGCUGGGAAAACUGAAACUGAACUGUGACAAUGAGCCGAAGGUUUGCAGUACACAAGCACCACACUAGCCUCCGGGCAGGAGACUCCACCUGAGCAGGGACAGGUGGCCCAGGUGGCAUCUUUAUUCUGUUUCAGGGUGCUGAUGUGCACAGGUGUUGCAAGGAAGUUCAUAGGAAAAGGUGUGGUGGGUGUGCAUGGGGACCUGGCAAAGAGCCGGAGCUAUGGUUUAGAAGAUGCAAGGGAAGAGCAUGGUGCUGGCAUGUGUCACAGCCUUGUCAGGGCACAGGGAGGUGACAUGUGGCCACAGCAGCAGUGGGUGCCUCUCUGCUGGUUCCCAGACAGGAGCUCUGCACAGAGGUCUGUGCCAGGGGGACUGCCAUGCUCAGCUCAGGGACCCAGCCCUGGCAGAGCUGAGGAUGCCUGGACGUUCCCUGAAAAGGCAAUAAAGGAGUGAAAAUCCAAUUGCAUAUGGAUGUGUGGCCGGCAAACGUGUUCAUGGAAAUACACAUUGCUCUGAUCCCUGUCAGCCUCCUGCGCGUCUCCCUGUGCUCUCACUGCAGCAUUCCAUCCUCUUCGGAGUCUCCCAUCGUGCUUCACAGCCCUCCCUCUGCACGGGGAACAGCUCCAGCCCUCGCUCCGCAGCCUGUGGCACCGCCAGUGUGACCAGGGGUCAGCCACCGGCUGUCACUUCAGGAGUCUGGCCGGGAGCCCUGCCCCGCCUCUGGGCACAGCGUCACCACCUCCUCCUCCUCUGCGCUCACGAGUUUCUAUUUCCCGGCUUGUCGCCCCAGUCUCCGGCGCCGGCAAGAUGGCAUCGCCCAUGUCGCAGAAGCUGGAGGAGAAGCUGGUGUGCUCCAUCUGCCUGGAGCUGUUCAGGGUGCCCGUGACCUUGCCCUGCGGCCACAACUUCUGCAGGCGCUGCAUCAGCGACCACUGGGACAAGCAAAGGCAGGCGGCCGCCGGGACCGAGGCGAGCUACACCUGCCCCGAGUGCCGCAGGUGCUUCGAGCGGUGCCCGGAGCUGGAGAAGAACGUCACCCUGCACAGCGUGGUGGAGCUGGCACGGGACAGCGAGGAGCGGGGCUGUGCCGCGGGCCGGUGCGAGGCGGCCCCGGCCGAGCUGUGCCGGCGGCACGGGCGGCCCCUGGAGCUGUACUGCGAGGAUGAGCGGCGCUGCAUCUGCAGCAUCUGCACUGUGCGCGACUGCCGCCGACACCGGCGGGUGCUCUUCGAGGAGGAGCGAGCCAAAAAGCAGACCCUUUUAACAGAAUCCUUGGAAAAAGCCCAGGAGGAAUCGGAGAGGAUUGAGCAGGCAAUGAAGGAGCUGGAGUUGCAGACAGAGAGCAUCAAGGACUGCUCUGAGCUCAGAGAUGGGAUCCAGAGCAAAUUCACCCACCUGAAGAAAGCUCUGGAGGAUUUCCAGUGUGAGACAGUGGCCAGGAUUGAGCAAGAGCAGAGGGCAGCACUGGAGCAUGUGGACAAGAACUGGAACCUGUGUAGGGACCGCCUGGAUGUCCUUGGCCAGCACAAGGAGAGGGCUCAGAGCCUGCUGGCCUGCCCUGAGCACAGGACUUUCCUGCAGGAGUUCCCUCUGCUCCCACCUCUGGAGAGCCCAGAGGUGCUGGUGCCUGUGGAGUUUGAUGUGGCUGCUGUGAUCAAGCCCAUCUGUGAGAUCCUCACCAGCAUCUCCAGGCUCCUGCUGGAGGACCUGCCUGGCUGUGUGGCCCCCAAAGCCCCUGGCCCUGCUGACCAAGACCCAGUGCAUCCCCAGGAGCUGGCAGUGAAGGCUCUGGCCCCUCUCCCCAAGUGCCAGCUCCGAGCUGAGCUUCUGAAAGACCACCGCAACCUGACCUUCGACCCUGAGACAGCCAACAAGUACCUGGAGGUGUCCAAAGGUGCCCACAAAGCCAAGCACCGUCCUGGCACCGUGCCUGGGCAGGGGCAGGGCCCCCGCUUCGAGCCCUGGCAGGUGCUGUGCACGCAGAGCUACGGCCCCGGCCACCACUACUGGGAGGUGAAGAUCUCCAGUCACUCUGUCAUCCUGGGGGUCACCUACCGGGGGCUGCCCCAGGAGCAGCAGCAGGGCCACAGGUUCAACAUUGGCCUGGAUGGGAGCUCCUGGGGGCUGCAGGUGAGGGAGGAUUGUUACCUGGCCUGGCACAAGGGCCACGCCCAGAAAAUCCAGGAACAGCUCUAUAAGAACCUGGGGGUCAGCCUGGAUUAUGGCAAGGGACUCCUCUCCUUCUAUGGCCUUGGGGAGAGGACAAAACUCAUCCACUCUUUCCACAGUGUGUUCACUGAGCCCCUGUACCCUGUGUUUUGGCUGUGUGAGGGGCGAGUGGUGACGCUGUGCCAGAGAGACUGAGCCAGAGCCACCACGCUGAGCCGUAGCCAGGCUGGCAAGUCCCAGGCUGGUGCCAAUGUGGAGCUGCAGCUGAGGCUGUCGUGGUUCAAUGGAACUUCAGUGCUGAGGCAGGUGUGGAGUGCAGUGUUUUAACAAGAGCUGAUGGGGACAGACAUGUAAGUUAACCUGUUUGAUUUGCAUAUGCAAAUAUCACACUAGUGACACUAGGAGCUCACCAUGGGUGCCUAUCCCUGCAGACAGAGCAAGGGAAUGGGGAAUAAGGAGGAUGAAAAAAUGAGAUUUUCCUCUUUCUUCUAUCCCUGCCAAACUUCCCAAACUUGGGGAAGGUUUGGGAUGAGGGGGACCCCAGAGGGAGGUGCUACUGCCACGGGGUGCUCUGAAACAAUUCGGAGGGACUGCUGUGCUCACACAGCCUCACAUGCAGGCAGGUCCUCCCUUCAGCCCCUCCUUGGUUUCCUCUUGCUCUUCUCAGAUCUGACAGAGCAUCUUCUCAGGGUUCUACACUGCAGCUCUCAGUACAAUGCUGCUUUUCCCAAUAAAGCUUUAUUUUCUUA